GCUGUGGCUGUUGAAAGGAACGAAUAACACUGGCCACCUUGUCUAUCAGAAAACCUCGCUCGGAACAGCGGGUAGCAGGGUGUGCAGAGCGAUACCAAAGCCGUGCGUAGUAGUGCCUCGUAGGCCAUCUACGAGAGCCCUACCUACUUUUUCUCCCUUUAUUCCUUGCCAGGUUCUUGUUCUGCAUCACUCAUCAGUGUGUGUGUGUGUGUGUGUGUGUAUGUAUGUAUACGUGCCGUUUGUAUCCUUCCGUCCAAAUCCGAAACGUUUGGCGAAAGGUACUAUACACAGCAGCUGCCGCUGUCAUACGGCACCUACUCGUCGGCAAACGUUUUCGGCAAACGACUAAUGCUUCAAGAAGCUCAAGAAGCGGGCUGCCGGCUAUUGACAGCAGCUUGCGAGGAAGCUCGUAGUAGUCGUUACGGCACGGUAGAACUAACGGUGUGCCGUUUACGUUCGAGUGUAUCGUGGCGACAAGGCUUGAAGGCAGGAAAGUAGGAUCAGGGACGUCCGCAGCCGAAGUGGUAUUAACCGGCCAGCUGUUGAGCUAGUGGAGCGACUCAUGUGAUAUAGCAAAUCUGACAUGGCGGGCGCUCGAUAUAUGACUAUAGGGCGAUAACUGCGAGAAAUUUCCGAUAUUACUACAGGGACAUGGACAUCGACGGCUACGAUUGCACAGUACAGGCUCCGUUAUUCGCAUAAAGUUACAAUUACAAGAAGUAAUGGAUCGAGAGGUGGCGUUACAGUAGCUUAGUGGCACGCACGUGACAGAUCAACACAUCUUGAAGCUUAGACACGAAACAUAUUACGCCAAUUAACUCUCCUUUAUAAGCACAUGGCGCAAAACUUGUACAGAAAGUUACAUCUCUAAGAGGAAGUUUACUGAAGCAGCGAAAAAUCUAUACGAAGCGCACACGGGAUGAGAAUAUACAAAUUUAAACAUCACGUCAAAUAUACCAUCGUCACAAGCUAAAAAGCCGGCGAUAAAUAACUAAUUACGUUCGGGCCUACAAACGUCCUUUUGUCCACUCUAGAAUUGAGGCUUGAAUAUGGCGGGUGCAUCAGGUAUUUCCGAAGCGUCAGGAUUGUGUGGAGCCGACGAAACAAGCUCUAAGGCGGGAGGAUAUCAGACCGUAGACAAAAGUGAAUGUGUAGAAGAAAAGGCUCCAAGCCAACUUCCCCUACGACCGGACGAUGCGUCCAGCCACAACGAACUCUUCAAUGAAGAUAAUGGUGAACGAACGGAUCAUGCAUGGUGGUUAACCCAACUUUUGCUAUCUCAGCCCGUUUUUUUCGGCACCUGGGACGGUGUAUUCACAACCUGUCUUAUCCAUUUGGUCGGAGCUAUUGUCUUCCUUCGGGCCGGAUGGAUCGUUGGUAACGCGGGCAUCCAAUUAUCUCUUCUAAUUGUAGCACUUACGGCUUUGGUUUGCGGAAUCGCCUUACUGGCUGCUGUGGGCGUCACCCAAAGGUGUCAUAUAGACACUGGGGGGAUACAUGAUAUCCUCAGUCAUAUUCUUGGUGCUAGGCUUGGAGGCGCCGUCUCUUUAGUCUAUUGUUUUGGACAGGCGGUAAGUUGCGCCCUACACCUGAUGGCGUUCGCUGAAUCAAUGUGUGGUCUUCUCAAGUUCGACGAUAGUUACAUUGAAAAAGCUAUAGCCGUUGUGGCGCUGAUGUUUUUGCUUGGUAUUAAUCUAGCUGGAGUCAAAUGGGUUGUCCGGAUUCAGUUUGUCCUGCUCGUUGUCCUACUAGCCGCUCUGUCGGACUUCGGAGUGGGCGUGUUCAUCAAGAAAGACAUGGAAAGCGGAGUAACAGGUUUGAAUGUGACAACAUUUACGGAAAAUUGGCACUCAUCGUAUAUGCCCAAACAAAACUGGUUCACUAUCCUCGGUGUGUUCUUUCCGGCCAUGACGGGAGUCUGCGCUGGGAUUAAUAUGAGCUCUGAUCUACUCCAGCCAGCCAAAAAUAUUCCAACAGGAACUUUUUCUGCUAUCGGGAUUUCGGUGCUAAUCUACAUUGCUUUUAUUCUGGGCUUGGGGGCAACAAGCGAACGAUGGGCGCUCCAGCAAAACUACAUGAUCGCUGAAAAGGUAUCGGCGAUCGGAGUGAUCCUCUUGUGUGGCUUAUACAUUUCAUCGAUGUCAUCAAGUCUUGGUUCGCUGUACGCUACCCCACGCAUUCUGCAGAGGAUGGCUAUUGAUGGUGUCCUCCCUGGAUCUCACUAUCUGGCCGAAGGGGUUAGUCUGUAUCCGCUGUUUAUACAACCUGGUACUUGGCACAGCUUCAUGCUAGCCUAUUUUAAUUCAGUAAAUUCGGUGGAAAAUAAAGGUCACCUACAAUACUUAACAAACUGCCAGCAGCACGUAUACAACGUAAGAGGCCCUGCAGAAAAAUCAGUAUGUGCAUUGAAAGGUCCGAACAAGGUUCCGGCAUGCGCAAUGCUGCUUUUCUCUCUCGUAACAUUGGGAUUGGUCCUUGCUGGUGAUAUCAAUGGGCUGGCUCCAAUUGUCACCAUUCCAUUCCUUAUGACCUACGCUUCGGUUGAGUACGCCUACUUUAAUAUGGCCGUCACCUACCGUAUCCAGAAGGAACGUCGGGAGAAACUUGAUCAGCGACCAACGGUGCCCUCGAAUCGCCAAUAUGCAGCAGAAGUAGCGACGCCUACGGCUGGAAGCCCUAUUCAUCACUACGAGCCGCCUGGUGGUGAAGCAAGCGUGAGGGGCGCUGAUACAGCCAGUAUCGGAAGUGGGGCGGGCGAUCUUGAGCGGCUGUUUCCUGAACGAGUUACGGUCGUACGAACGAAAUCGCGAGCGUCGUCGUCUUCGACCUCUUCGCCAAUUACAUCGCCUGGACACUCCUCGCUACGAUCCGUCAAUGACGAGGCGUCUGCUCUUAUCACACACGAAACUAAAGUGGCCCGAACUCCGCUGUCUGAAGUAGCGAAGAAGCCGGACACGUGGUAUUUUCGUAUGUUCAACAAAUGGAUUGCGUUGCUUGGAGUCAUCCUCAAAGUUACUAUUAUGUUUCUUGUUGAGUGGCGGUAUUCAGCCAUCAGCUUGGUGGCCGUUGCUUUACUGGCUAUCUACAUCGGAAAAAACAAGCCUUUAAGUCACCCUGGUAUCUCUGAAUGGAGUCUUCACAUUGCCACCAAAAACUCGCUGCUCAAAUGUCUCGGUAAGAAGAUUUCAUCUUCGGAACAGAUUGUGGUGUCUUCGCCGCAUCCUGGUGGCUUGUUUACUUCUUCGCAACUUAAUUAUGACGGAAACGAUUACGCUAGCCGUAAAAGGUAUCACCAAACAACAACCGUCCAGCCUGCCCACCAUUACCAGGAUUUUGAUGGAAAUUAACUGAAACUGUAUAAUCAAAAGCUUCAACGAAGAUAGCUAUACAAAUUGCCAAGCACAUUCGUCUCAGGAACCAAUGAAGAUAGCCGAUUAAGCAAUCAUUACAGCGGUCAUCAACCAUGUCAAAUUCACGGUGUUUCUGUUCUUUAAACCAAACGCCAUUUGCACGUUGGUACGAAACGUAUAGCCAAGCAAAAUAUAGCUCGUCAAGAUACGUCAACUACAUCACUAAACGCACCUGCGGAUGUUUAACUUACGGAUUUGCACUAGACGCAUCGUCUAUCUACAAGGUUUGCUAGUUCAGGCAAAACACCGAAGACGAAGUACGUCUGAUAGGCGUGUGAUGAUUGUGAAGGACUGUUAGGGUAACUUAUAAUUUAAUGGGAAUUUAAUAGAUGGGUAUUCGCUACUCUUCGAUCAAAAAAAUCCCUUUUCAAAUUUGUUUUGUGAUUGGUCAGCUUUGUGAUUGGAUUCAAUAGGUAUUGAGUUUGGCUCCAUUGUAAUGAAUCCAGCAGUUCAUUAGCAGAUCAAAUCUUUCUAUCAAAUGACUUGAACCGACGUGAGCUCUACUGACGCAAGGGGCAAAAGAAGAAAUAACGUACCCUUAUAUAGGGCAAACUCUAUAGAAUAGCUUCGAGCUAGAUAUUUAGAAUGUGUGAAGCUAGAACACAUCGAAUCGUACAGACACACAAAUGACAGCGGACACAGGUGAUAGAAUCCUUUCCAUUCAGACAAGUGUCGAAGUGUUCAAGAGCGCCAUGUUAGAACUUUUUCACAGAUUAUGUAGUUUUUUUUUAAUCACAUGCGAAUUUUAGGUAAACGGUUACUUAGUUGGGUUAGGUGAAUUUGCCAGUUCAGGAUAGUUUCGGUUGUCGAAAUUAUUCGCAAGUAUUCGAAAUAGCCAUAAUUAUUUCGAAACAAUUCCAUCAUGAAAUUGCGUUAUACGCUAUUUGAUAUAAUUAUACUUAAUAAUUAUACAGCUAAACUGGUCGAUCCGUAGACGUUUCGUUAAAGUACUCCGUUCACUACUAACUCGUUUAUAGAUAAUUAAUGCUAUUUGCUACGUGCGAUCAAGUGCUAACGCACGUCAACGUAUCAAUGAAAUCUACAAGAACAUCGAAUAACUUAAGUCCUAAGAAUUAUGCUAUGAUUCCUUUAUGAUCGUGUGCUAACAUUAUUUUUGGCUAAGUUAAGCCGUCACCUCACUUUCCACUCUUGAAUAUCCAUUGACUCAAUGUGAGAUUUCCCGUGAUCCAAGUUCGUCUUACUUUGAGUCCGACAUUUUAAAUAACUUUCAAGCAACGAUUAUUAUGCCGUGCGACAAGACACUAUAUACUUAAGACGUCGCAGAAAACGACGAAUGGAAAUACCUAUUGAACCAGUUUGUUAGCCGCUUCGACAGAAACUAUUGUUGUUUUUCGUAUUCCUGCCUGCCUGCCUGCCUGCCUGCAUGCAGGAUAUUUCUUGGUACGUAGCCCAAAAGAGAAAUUCUUGCCUCCUAAUUUGCAAGCCAUAAAAUUAACGCAUACUAAGAUGUAUAUACACAUAUAAAGUAUUUGAAAAGCUACGCAACCCUAUUUGAUAAUAACAGACAUUUAGCAGUUUCAAAGGCUGUCUCCCGUAGGCUACAUUUGUUCUGCUAGUACGCAUUCAGAUAGUGAAGUACGCUGGAAAAAAAAAAGAACAAAAAAACGUCACACACGUGUAUUUACAAGAACGUAACUUACACCGGUCUUUUUAGGGCGUCGAAGUUCAGUUCAUUGUUACAACAGUGCGUAGAACAAAAUAGAAGAAAUUGUACGGUCAGCAAAGAACCUUCUGACGCUAAGGAGUUCAAGAAUGGAACAUGCUUAAUCUAUACAAGACGUAUCUGAUAGUCUGCCAAAAGUACUUCAUUUACAAUUAUCAAGAGACGAUUGAAAAUCUAUGAUAAGUAGAACAUAAACGACAACAGAUAUACUCUAACAAAGUUUAUCACGAUUAUUAAGUGUGUGCACAAACAGGGAUCAAAUGAGAUUAAUGAGAAAAGCGUUAGCGUGAAUAUCAGCUUUUUUUUUUCUGAUAAUAUGAAACACAAACAUUGCUAUUAACGAAAUAUUCCCAUACUUCUUUUGAUCAGGACGGUGACCGUUAUUAAUAACGGUCACCGUCAACAGUGGCAUUGAUGUGACAAUCCUUAAAGGCACUGACCACCCGCUAUUAGAUCAGGUUCAAAAAUGUCGCAAUUUAAAAUCUAUAUGUAAUAUCAUAAUAGAGAUUUGUUGCCUUCUAGAAGGUACUAUAUUAUCUUGCUAUAGAGAGAGAGAGAGAGAGAGAGAGAGAGAGAGAGAGGGAGACAAAUUACUUACUUUUGUAAGAUUUAUAAAUCUAACGUUAGAGUACCGGUUGAAAUACUCUGGUCACGCGCAACGUCAGUGAGAUGUAAUGCACUUAUCAAGUUGAAGGGGACAUAGAUAAUUGGACAGAUACGCACGAUCAAAUAUAGGGGACUAACGCGACAGCCAACGGAUGUUUGUCAAUCUCAUAUAUACAUACACGCCAGUUUUUAAUGUGUUCAUCAAUUUUGAAUGCGAUAAUAAAUCGUACUGAUCGUAUAUAAAUAUAUAAAAAUAUAUACAUUUCAACUAAAUAUAGCGCAAAACGAGAGAGCGGCAAGCCAUCUUCAUUCUUCAAGCCACAGCAAGUUAGACACGUAGAAAUGAAAAGACACUUCCACAAGAAAAGUACAUCGUUGCGGUGUACUCUCCUAGUGAAUUCAAAAGUUAAGUAACGAAUAGAAACAGGUGAUGAUGAUUGAAAAAUCGUUUGUUGCACAUUAUUUUGGCAUUUUCAUCAUUAACAAACGCAACAUGCGUGGAUUCGAGCGCUUCGUUUCGUGAGCACACAAACAUACACACAAAAAGCAUACGAUAAGUUACCACAUACCGAAAAACGUAAAUCAAGAUUAGAUCAUAUCGGUGUGGGAAUGAAUGAAAUUAUAAGACUAAGUGGCUAACUGAGACGCGGGCAGCCCCCGGGCGAAGUAAGUAAACUGCCGAGAAGCACGAAGUCUGGCUUGAUAUAUAUAUAUGUGGGGUAUUUGGGAUACAUUGGGAUUCUAUUAACUUCAGUUCUAGAUUAGGUGCUUUGUGUGGAUAAACCAACGAUAUAUGCGAUUUAAAGUUGCUGAUCAUCGAGUUUACUUGCGGGCAGUUUGCAAAAACUAGUUCCUUAACUUUGCGAACAACUUACUUAUAAUAGUACCAGUGAAUGAAGUGAUAUUCGCACGUUUAGAGCUCUCGCCUAAAUGAAGCUUGUAUUAAAAAAAUACUGACCAAAUCCAGCUGAUCGAAAUGUUUGGUGUACGCUAAGCCCAGAGAUACAAAUAGCCGAAAAAGGCUUGAAGAAUUAAUCCUAUGCCCUAAUUUCAGAAACAGCCUUUAUCAGAAUUAAAGUUACAGCCUACUGUUAAUGCGUUUGUAACUUGUUCAAAAGUUCUCGCAGUUUAUCCUGAACGUGUUUCGUAAAUCAAUAUGCAUACACAUAUUUGUGAAGCCGAUAGGUCUACCUUCUUGAAAUGCGAAAAUUUAGGUUCUGUACUUUGCAGCUUUAGUCAUGAAAUAAACAAAUCUAAGCGAUAAACAUACGUGAAACGCAGCUGGCUUCUUAGGGCUCAUUAUCGAUAUCGACCGCGGAAUGACCAUGACAUAAUUACUCCGAGCAUUGUAUUUUAUCCAGCGAAGUAAAACACGCGCACCGAUAUAUGAAGAUGUAACGAGGUAUAAACAUUAGAAAAAGCAGAAAAAAUAUGACGCAUGUGUUGCGGCGUUGCCGUUAGCAGAAUAUGGCCGCACUGCCCACAGUGAUUAAAUAGAAGAACGCCAAUACAAUGAAAAGAGAAAAUAUCCAUAAACAUCAGUAUGCAUAACUACUUGGAUGAGACAAAUCUGUAUAGUAAAGCAGGAGAUAUAAUUCGUUUCUCAUAAAAAGACAAAAACUCACAUUGUUAUUAUUAAUCGUCGUCUAGCUGGUUGACUGAUGUGACUGUUAACAAGGUGUGGUAACAAAGUGGAAACUCAAACUCAAA